CGUAAUCUGCUCUGACGAAAGAGGAAAAAAAGAACAACUUGAAGGCGAGGCGGGCAACGAGGGAGCUGAAGCUGAACGAGGGAGCUGAAGCUGAAGCUGAACGAGGGAGCUGAAGCUGAAGCUGAAGCUGGGGCUGUUCGCCAAUUGAAGAAGAAGCUUGAGCAGCAAACGAGCAUACAAGCAACUCCGCCGGGGGUAAUCAAUAGCGGAGUGUGUGGGGGGGGGGAGGGACAGGUUGGUCAAACUCGCAGAUUGCACCCAGAAAAAAAAUACACACCAGCAAAAAAAAAACAAAAGAGGAAAAAUAGAAAGGGGAGCUGAAGACUUAAACCGGGCGAUCGAGAUCAGAAUCACAGGACGCAGGGUGGCUCUUUCCUAAAACGAUAGAAGAUGAAGACUACAGCGCCACCUAUAGUUAACGAGACCACGCAAACUGUGACAAGCACGCCAGAGAUCACGCCCACGCGAACACCACUACUCGAUUUCUUAUGGGCUCUUGCCGGUGAAGAAGUGGAGAGCGCCUCGACCAACAUAUUACCGACAAAUGUACCACUGCCGUUAUCCACCUGCGAAGACGAUGAUCCCGUUGCUGGCGACGACCAGAUCUGCGCAUCUGUCUCCGGAUAUGCAUCAGUGGAAGGCGCUGGCGAUGAGAAUGAUGAUGAUGGCGCUGUCGACGCUGCUGUGGAUGGUGCUGUCGACGCUGCUGUGGAUGGUGCUGUAGAUGGCGAUGACUCUAUCUCGGGGUUUGUGGUUCCACUGGACCGAGUCGGCGAUGUCGAAGAUGAUGAUGCUGUCGAUGGUGCUGUGGAUGGUGCUGCGGAUGAUGCUGUUAAUGAUGAUGCCGAUGGCCAUGACUCCACCUCUGGGUUUGUGGCUCCAGUUGAUGACGCUGGCGAUGGCGAUGAUGAUGAUGCUGGCGAUGGUGAUGUGGAUGGUGCUGCCGGUGGUGCUGUCGAUGAUGCCAUCGACGGCGAUGAGUGUAUCUCUGGGUUUGUCGCUCGAGUGGAUGGCGCUGACGAUGGCGAUGAUGAUGAUGAUGAUGAUGAUGAUGAUGAUGAUGGCGAUGGUUCUGUCGAUGAUGCUGUCGAUGGUGAGUUCCAUGAAGGUGUCGAUGGCGAUGGGGUUGACGAUGAUUCCGUCGAUGGUGGCGAUGGCGUUAAUGAUGUCUCCGUAAAUGGUGCUUUCAAUGGCGAUGGCAAUGAAAAGGAGAAUUCGUUCUCUGGCCCUGGCGAUGGCGAUGAAUGCGGUGGACUACUGCCUGUCGGUGCUGCUGGUGUUGGAAACGCACCGCUGCGUUGGUGCAGUCCCAGCUUGUUGAUUGACAGCUCGAACAGCUUGCCGUUCUGGAUCGACACGUACAAAUGACUGUCAUCGUUGUCCAAAGCAACCGCCCCAAUCAUGCAUCCUCCCGGGAACUUGAAGGUGCAUCUUGCGACGGUCUCCAAGUUAAUC